AUGAGUGUGCAGGAAGAUCGCGAUGCUGCCGAUCUACGCGCCCGCGAGUUGUUCCAUUAUUUUCAACCAGACAACCCGGCCCUGCUGCCAGCUGGCCCGCAUGUGACUUCAUCAUGCGAAUAUCCCAUUCAAAAAACAAGUCCAAAUCUGGUGUUGACGGCCUUGGCGCAGUUGGCCGCAUUGAAGCUGGGGGUUCAGCGCACAGUUAUCAGCCUGAUCGAUCGGGAAACACUUUAUGUGGUAGCGGAAGCGUCACGGUCUUUGAAUUUGGUAAACAAUGACCAGCAUGACGGAGAUGACGGUCUCUGGUUAGGCUGUUCACGAGGACCACUGGCGGAAACCUUGUGUGAGAAAACCAUCAUGUUAAAGCCCUCGGACGAGAAGUAUGCGUUCUUCGUUGUAGAGGAUUUACAGCAGCAUCCGACCUUUUCCACCCUACCCUGUGUCGCAGGAUCUCCACAUUUCCGGUUCUACGCCGGCACACCACUAAGGACUGGCAAUGGAAUCAAUAUCGGUAGUUUGUACGUGAUCGAUCCUCAACCAAAUCUCCGUUUGGACGAUUCCCACAAACAAACACUGGGAAAUAUCGCGGAUGCAGUGAUGGAGUAUCUGGAGACUUCUCGUCAUUCAUUGGAGUCAAGUCGCUUGACUAGGCUGUUAGCUGGCUUAAAUACUUUUGUGCAAGGUGCGGCCAGUUCGGAUACAUCGCGCGACUCAAGGCAUAGCGGCCGGCCGGACUUUCCCACAUCAUAUUCAUCAAAUUCCCAGCGAUCUCCCGACACAGAGGCUGAGGAAUAUAUGUUCAAAGCCAGAAGUAGAAGCCCACCACUUUCGUCGACUCAGCCGAAUAGUGACGAUGCUGCUGAUAGCGUGACUUCCGGGAUCAUUCCAUCACGAGCACGAAAACGUUUACCACGAUCGAAGACAGAAACGCGCCCAGAUUACAAAGACAACAGAGCACAGCGAACAUUCCAGCGUGCUGCCAACAUCAUGCGAGAAAGCCUGGAUCUGGGUUCCAAUGGUGGUGUGGUAAUUGUCGGCACCGGCCAAGAUAGCGACCAGGAUUCCCCUGACAAUGAUAAGGAGAAGAGACUGGCCAAAUUAUGGGCAGUCUCGGACACUGACCAGCCCCAUGAAACCAGGGAAGAAUCAGACUCAUACCCAGUAUCGCAAAUGGAAUCAAGUUUUGUGCGCCGAAUGAUACGACACCACCCGCGUGGUGGACUGUGGUAUUUGAAAUUUCACGGAGUGGCCUCUUCAUCUGAUGAAGAUGGAACUAGUUCAGGGAGCAUGAAGGGAGCUCGGAAUCCUUCCCGGCCUCCGCUAUCGCUGCAUCCAGAAUCGCUCAGAUCCUUGCGUGAGAAGGAUCUUCAGUCCAUGAAGAAGAAUUUUCCCAAUGCGACGAGAAUUAUCUUCGCUCCUCUCUGGGACUCUCUUAAUUCGCGAUGGUUUGGUGGCGCUUUUUGUUGGAGUCAAGCUGAAAAUCGAGUGUUCAGUGCACAUGUGGAUCUCGGAGGUCUCUUUGGGUUUGGCUCAUCCCUAAUGGUUGAGUAUAGUCGUAUUCAGAGUCAAGAGUCGGCGAAGCAAAAGGGCGAUUUUAUUAGUACUAUGUCCCAUGAAUUACGAAGUCCACUGCAUGGCAUUCUAGCAUCCAACGAGUUACUCUUCGAGCACGUGGACUCAGAGUUUGCUAAACGUCUUCUCGACACUAUUCGUGCUUGUGGUCAAACUCUCCUCGAAACAUUCGAACAGAUUUUGGAUUUCACCAAAAUUAACUCCUUUGAGAGGGAGCUAACGAGAUCUCGCUCCCCCCAUCAGCGUGUCCAACGUGCUCCACUGCAGUCACGAAACAUAGUGAAGCUGGUUGAUGUCCUUGCAGUCGUUGAAGAAGCUGUUGAAAGUGUCUGCUCUGGACAGGCCCUGUCAAGCAUCAUGAACGGAGGCAGCGUGUCUGGUCGACUAUGGCAAUUGGAUCCAAUGGAUGAUACUGUUAGAGAAUCGCGGAUCACAGGCGGCGAAAAAGUGGACAUGUAUCUCGAUGCUGCACGCCAGAACUGGCUCUAUGUAUUGGAGCCAGGUGCCCUGAGGCGUGUGGUCAUGAAUGUAUUCGGAAACGCGUUGAAACACACGGAAUCUGGGUCCGUCUCGCUUCAUAUUGAGGCUCAGACGUCAAAGAAUGACUGCCCAAUGCUCAUGAUGACGGUCUCCGAUACGGGUAGGGGCAUUUCAAAUGAUUACCUUCGCUCCCAUGUUUUUACCCCAUUUUCCCAAGAGGACCCAAUGUCACCAGGCGCAGGACUUGGCCUCUCACUCGUUCGAGCUAUACUUCGUUCGCUAGGUGGGAGCAUUGCAAUCAAAAGUCAACUGGGCGUGGGUACUGUGGUCAAGAUAAUGUUCCCUCUUACAUACCCCCAACAAGAGAAGCCUUCUGAAACCGAAUCUCCUUCCCCGGGCUUGUCAUCACCCGUUGUGACUUCUAUCGACCGUGCUACCACGAAGCUCAAAGGGCGUAGGGUAUUUUUUUACCCUGCCGAUAACUUUCAUCCCAGCAAGCCGUCGUCGUCUUAUAUGAUCAAACAAUAUCUGACCAAAUGGUUCCGCAUGGCAAAUGGAGAUCACGCUGUGCCUACCACAUCCGACUUGGUGGUCAUUGACGAACGUCAUUUAGAUCAACUCCCGAGUACAUAUCGUCAAUCCCUCCUUUUGGUCUUGUCUCAUAGAGGUCCCAGCCUAUGGUCAAAGGUGACUUCGGCGAAAGAGCAACUCCUCAACUCGAUAUGGUUGACUCUCCCUUGUGGACCUCAUCAACUAGCCAGGAUACUUUUGGGCUCUCUUGAAAACUUAGAGCUAAAAAAGGCCCAUACGUCUCAUAACACAGCAAAGCAUGACCAGAGUCAAGAUCUAGACUCGAACUCAACUGAUCCGCGAACGAAAAUGGCUUUACUUUUGCAGCAUGAAGUACAGCUCAAAUCAACCAGCCCAUCUAUCUCGGUCACAUCGUCUAUCCCAAGUGAUGAAGUCACAAAUCCCACUGUCAUAGACCGUGAAUUGCCAGUUCGUAUUCAGAAGGAUAUCCAGCAAACCCAUGCCUCCACGCCAACCGAAGCAAAAGAUGGUCCCCGAGUCCUCUUGGUAGAGGACAAUGCUAUAAACCUCGCUCUCCUCAAAAAGUCCAUAUCAAGAGUCCGAACGCAAGUUCUGCAUUGCGCCGUGAACGGCGCAAAAGCCGUCGAGUUGGUGCAGAAAAUUCCGCAAGGCUAUGAUUAUAUCUUCAUGGACAUGUCUAUGCCUGUUAUGGAUGGCUUUGAGGCAAGCAAAGAAAUUCGAUUAAUCGAAUCAAAGCGACCGACGGUAUCUCCUGCACGUAUAAUCGCCCUCACUGGUCUGGGGUCGGAUGAACAUAUCUCAAAAGCGUAUGCGGCAGGUGUUAAUGUUUUCCUCCGAAAGCCGGCCACUAUCAAGCAAAUAAUGGCCAUACUGGAGGAGUGA